AUGAAAUUUGCAGUGUUGGCCACCCUUACCGGAAUAUUGAGCUUUGUUUCAGCUCAUAUGUACGCCAUUCGUGGCUUUGAAAACCAUGCCACCACCCAGUUAGAUGAUCCAUGGGAGUCAAUUUAUUAUAAGGAUUUGACAGUUUUCAACCUAGGUGACCCAGAAAAUUUCGCAAACUCUAUGGCUAAGUUGCAAGCGGCCCACGAGAAAGGUAAUCACGGAGAUGUAUUCUAUUGGUACAAUAUGUUGACGGCGGAACUGUACCUGUACUUCAGGAGAGAACGUACCGAGCAGCCAGACGUUUGGUGGUCGGAUGAGUUGAGUCGACUCGCUAGCGUAUACGGAGUCAAUUACGUUAACAAAUUAUAUGAUACCUCCGAGGAGAUUUUAACCCUGGCUUUGGAUUUAUUCUUCCAUGGUAACCAAACCAUAGUUGAGAGUGCCUAUAUGCCAGGGAAAUCAGUUGUGCAUUUUGGAAACAAUUUGCAAGGUGUUCCAGAACAAGUACCAAUUCUUGCAAAAGAAUCUUAA